CCGGAGUUCUGGGUAGAGCCGCGACGAGGCGGCGCUCGGUUUUUCCGGAGCUCCGAGCCCGGGACGGGCUAUUUGGGAAACUGCGGGACGGGGUUCAAAGGCGCAAAAGGCAACUAUGCCCCUCCAAAUCCACAGCAAGGCAAUUCUGCUGUCAGGAUCAGAUCGGUUUUUCUCCCCAAGCACCCGGCAAGCUUCGGAGUCUCACAGAAUCCUUCAUCAUCCAGCUUUGUUUUGCAAAUGCAUGAUGAGAAGUGCAGUGGCUACACGUGCUUAAUCCGGAGUGGGUCGAUGUUUUGCAUUUGGGGAGCCGGGACUGCCGCUCUGCCCCCAACAAGUCACAACACCCACCCACGCCCCCAGGACUCAGGAGUCCUGCGCGUCUGAGCCCAGAGACAUCCGGAUCGGGGGAUUUCCCACCCGCCCCUUUCUCACUCUGGGUCUGCUCCGCUUUCUCCCGGAUGGGGUCGGGCAUGCCCCGCCCACUCGAGGCGCCAGCCAAUGGGGAGCGGGAGAAGCAGUCUGCUUUGGUUUUUGAGCAGAAGAUGCUCCUUGAUCGGGGCGAAUCCUUACCCGGAGACGCCAGCGGGGCUUGAACCUGGGUCUCCUCCUGCAGGCCAUGCCUCUGGCGCGCUUGUUCCACGGGAGGUGGGGAUGUUUAGCCUGGAGAAGAGGAGGCUGAGAGGAGAUCUCUGCCUCAUGGAAGAUGGAGCGAAGAAGGGCGCCUUUGGGAGAUGCUACAAGUUCACAGACACCUCCACCAACAAGGUCUAUGCCGUGAAGGUCGUGCCUCAGUCCCGGGUCUCCAGGCUGGACAACCGAGGGAAGGUCGAGCGCGAGAUCGAGCUGCACAGCCAGCUCAAGCACAGGAAUGUUGUCGGCUUCCACCGGCAUUUUGCUGACCAGGAGAACAUCUACAUGGUCCUGGAGUACUGCAGUCGGAAGUCCCUGGCCCAUAUCCUGAAAGCCCGCAAGACGCUGACGGAGCCUGAGGUCCGCUUCUACCUCAAGCAAGUCAUUGCUGGCCUGCAGUACCUCCACCAGCAAGGCAUCAUUCACCGGGACCUCAAGCUGAGUAACUUCUUCAUCACAAAGACCAUGCAAGUGAAGAUUGGGGACCUGGGGCUGGCGACUCGUGAGGAGCAGGCCAACCGGAGGAGAGGAGUGGUCUGUGGGACCCCCAAUUACCUGGCUCCUGAAGUCAUUGCCAAAAAGGGGCACUCGUUCAAGUCGGAUGUCUGGGCUCUUGGCUGCAUCAUGUACACGGCCCUCACGGGCUGCUCCCCCUUUGAGAUCACCCACAAGCAGGAGAUGUACCGCUGCAUCCAGGAAGGGCGCUACCCCACCCCCAGCCGCCUCUCACCCAGUGCCAGGGGCCUCAUUGGGAAGCUGCUGGCCCCCGAUCCUGAAGCACGGCCCACCCUGGAAGAAACCCUCGCCCACGAGUUUUUCACCCAGGGCUUCACCCCGACCCAGCUGCAUUCCCGCGCCUGUCAUUCUGCCCCGCUCUUCGUGCUUCCCAACCCACUGAGGAAGUUCUUCCAGAAAGCGGCGAAGGUUUUCCUGCGUGGCUCCCUGUGCCAGGAGACCCGGACAGUGAGCCCCCCACCCCAGGAAGCGGAAGGGAUGCCGCCACUUGGGAUGCCUGCCGAGACCCCCAGCCUGGAAGUGGAAGAGGACAGCCAGAAUGCCCCUGAGGACACAGCCACCUUCCCCGUCUGCCUUGCUCAUGAGGGGCUCCUUGAACGUCAGCCGGGAGGCGGCCGAUGCCGAGAGGAGCACGAUGGCCAAAGCGGAUGAAGUUCUGCGGACCUGCCUAAAGACCAUCCCCCUGGCGGAAGAGGAUCCCAAGGGGCCCCCAAGGGCUGGACCCAUCCAGAUGGUCACCAAGUGGGUUGACUACUCCAACAAGUACGGCUUCAGCUACCUG